AUGGGCAAAUAUAGUAAAAAACAGUUAUCAUCAUCUGAUUUGAAACAACAGAUUACUUUGCCAACCUAUAAAUUAGAUUCAAAUUUAGUUUUAUUACCUGGUAUAAUUUAUAAUGUUACAUUUUCAAGAUUUAAAGCUGCUGCUUUAUUAUAUAGAUUUAAGAAUUUAGUAUCACAAGUAUCAAUAAUAAAUAACUUAAUCAAUGAAUAUAAUUUCAGAGAAGAAGACGGAGAAGAAUUAAGUAAAGAUAUCAAUUAUAAUCCAACCGUUAUUUCAAAAUCUGCAAUCGAAGGAAUUUCCGAAUUUUUCAAAUAUGAACAAAUAUCAAGAAAUAACUUAGAUACUGCUGGUUUUGAAGUUGAUUCAAAUUUAAGUAAUGAAUUUGAUUGGUUAACUAUGGCUAUAACUCCAAAUCUUGACAAAAUUAAAGAUUAUCAAUCAUUAAAUAUAAAUACAAGUAUUGUAACCGUGGUUAGAAUAGUUGGUAUUGUAGAUGAUACAACAAAUAUAAAAUUGACAUUACAAGCUAUAUCAAGAGGUGUUAUAGUGCUGCAACCAAAGCAUAAAGCUAAAAUUAAUGAGUCGCUAAUUUCAAUUGAUUGGAAUAAUGAUGUCAUUGAUUUAAAGAAUAAGUUUUUAAAUUUGAGAACAAAUUACAAUAAAUUAUAUAAAUCUAUUGAGAAAUUCUUGAUUGAUUAUAGACAAGCUUUGAAUAAUAGUAUAAUCAACAAAAAUGGUAAUAAUUUAUCAUUAAUUAAAGAAACUAAAGAGGAUCAUAAUAAGAAGAAUAAUAACCCGAAAGAUCUUGAUCUAUUAACUUUAAACCCCUUGGCUAAUGCUUUAUAUUUGCAAUUGGCAGGUUCAAAAGAUUUCACAAAGGCUUUUGUCUCAUUACAUAAGUUAUUUUCACAAUUUUCUUCAGCCUCACAAGAUACUAAAAUUGAUAAUAGAACUUAUUUAAGAUUAAUUGAUUUAACUUGUGGAAUUUUACCCUUUCCAAAUUAUGAAAAAUUAAACCUAUUAAAUCAAUAUAAAAUUGAAAAUAGAAGUGAAUUAAUAAAUUCAAUGAUUUUACAAUUGAUUGAUAUCUUUAAUAAUUUACAAGAAAAUAAUUCAUUUGUAAAUCACUGGUUUCAUAAUGAAGCUACAAAUAUCCAAAAAGCAAAUGUAGUUGCAAAUCAAUUAAAAAAUAUUAGGGUUUUAUUAGAAGGUAUGACUAAUAAACAUAGGCAACAGCAGCAACAAAAUCAACAGAAUAAAAAGCCAGUUUCAAGGAAAGUCAAAGAUGAUAAUGAAGAAGAAGAUAUUGACGAUGACGAUGAUGAUUUAAAUGCAAUAACAAAUUUUGUUAAAAAUAAAUUACCUAACAUAUCAUCAAUUUCACCAGAUUCAAAAAGAUUAAUUGUAAAAGAUUUUAAAAGAAUUAAAUCAUCUGCUAAUUCUCCAGGUGGUAAUUCUGAUUUUCAUGUAAUUCGAAAUUAUCUUGAAAUUGUAAUGGAUAUUCCAUGGGAUCAAUAUAUUACCAAGUUUAAAACAAAUAAAGAAAUUGAUUUAAAAGCAGCUAAGAAACAAUUAGAUGAUGAUCAUUAUGGAUUAGAACAUGUUAAAAAAAGAUUAAUUCAAUAUUUAGUUAUUUUGAAAUUAUUAGGAAUCAAUGCAGAACAACAUUUGCAUGAAAAAUUGAAAAAUGAUAAAAAUAAAACAUCGAAUCAUACUUCAUCACCUACUAAUUCAAAUAGUAUUGUGUUAGCAAAUAAUGAUGAAACAUAUGUUGCUAAACAAAAAGCACAAAAUAAAGUUAAACAAUCAAUUAAUGACACUAAUAAAUUUGAUAAAUCUAUCAAUGAAUCAAUUCAAGUUUCGAAGAAUAAUAAGUCACCAAUUAUUAUGCUUGCUGGUCCUCCAGGAACAGGUAAAACUUCUCUUGCAAAAUCAAUAGCUACUGCGUUGGGCAGAAAUUUUCAAAGAAUUUCACUUGGUGGUAUUAAAGAUGAAAGUGAAAUUAGAGGUCAUAGAAGAACAUAUGUUGGUGCUAUGCCAGGUUUAUUAAUUCAAGCAUUAAGAAAAUCAAGAUCAAUGAAUCCAGUAAUUUUAUUAGAUGAAAUUGAUAAAGUAAUUGGUGGUAAUUCUGGUGUUAAUAAAUUUAAUGGUGAUCCAUCAGCUGCAUUAUUAGAAGUAUUGGAUCCUGAACAGAAUUCAACUUUCAUUGAUCAUUAUAUUGGAUUUCCUGUUGAUUUAUCGCAGGUUAUAUUUAUCUGUACUGCUAAUGAACCACAUAAUAUGACGAGACCACUAUUGGAUAGAUUAGAAAUGAUUGAAAUUGGAGCUUAUGAUUAUAAUGAAAAAUUAAUAAUUGGUAAAAAAUAUUUAUUGCCUAGACAAAUUAAAAGAAAUGGGUUCCCUGUUGAAGAUGACGUUUCUAAAUUUAUCAACAUGGAUGAAAAUACAGUGAAAAAAGUGAUACUUGAUUAUACUAGAGAAGCAGGUGUUCGUAAUUUUGAAAGAAGAUUAGGUACAAUCUGUAGAUUUAAAGCUGUUGAAUAUUGUGAAGCUUUAAGUAAUAAUGACAUGAGUACUUAUAAUCCAAUAAUUGACGAGAAUGAUUUACCUAUAUAUUUAGGAGUUCCUUAUUCACAUGGAGAUUUUACAUCUGCAGAGUCAUCAACAAGUAUAGGAAAUUCAAGAGUUGGUGUAGUCAAUGGAUUAUCGUAUAAUUCAGAAGGUUCUGGUUCUGUUUUAGUAUUUGAAAGUAUUGGAUUUGAUAGAAGAUUUGGAAAAGAUGAAAAAGAUGGUGGUAGUAAUGUUUCAUUAACUAUGACUGGUAGAUUAGGUGAUGUAUUAAUGGAAAGUGGUAAAAUUGGAUUAAUUUUCAUUAAAUCAAUGAUUUAUAAGAAUUUGAUCAAUGGGGAUAAUAAAUUACUUCUUGAUAAGUAUAAUAGUUUAGAUAUUCACAUGCAUGUACCAAUGGGGGCAAUUUCGAAAGAUGGUCCAUCAGCAGGUUUGGCAAUGGCAUUAUCUUUCCUUUCAGUUAUAUUGGACAAACCUGUUCCAUCAGAUGUUGCUAUGACCGGUGAAAUAACUUUAAGAGGUUUAGCAUUACCUAUUGGUGGAGUAAAAGAAAAAUUAAUGGGUGCUCAUUUAAAUGGAUCAAUUAAAAGAAUGAUUCUCCCAAGAGAAAAUAGAAAAGAUUUAAUUGAAGAAUAUACUAAAUCUAUAGAAGAAGCCGGCGAACAUAUUGAUCAUAAUUUUAUAAAUGAAAUUUUAAAAGAUAAUGAUGAAGAUCAAUUUAAAAUGAAUCAAAUUGAAAUUUAUUAUUUGAAAAGAUAUGGUAUUCAAUUAUAUUACGCUAAAGAAUUUUACGAUGUUGUUAAGAUAGUAUGGAAUGACGAAUCUAUAUUAAAUGAAAAAAUUAAUAAUAGGGAAAUGAUGGAAUAUCAUAUUUAA